AUGCACUCCCUCAAUAUUUUCUCUCUGGCUCACGCUUUCAUUGCCGCUCCUUUGAUUAUUCCUCGUGGCGCGCAUAAAUCUGAAAGAAAGUACAUAGCCGUCAUGAAGGCCAAUGUGGCUUCUAAAGCCAUCACUAGCAGAGUUGCCGGAGUUCCCUCGGAUGCCGAAUACACCUACUACAAUCUUUUCAAUAGCUUCUCAGCUAGCCUUACUAAACCCGAGCUGAAAGAUCUACUCAACGACCCCAACGUCGAUUUCAUCGAAAAAGUCUCCACCAUGCAUGGAGAUCAUACAACUUACACCUAUGACGAAAGUGCCGGCGAAGGCACAUGCACUUAUGUUCUUGACACAGGCAUCGAAGUCGACCACCCUGAACUCGAAGGUGGCGCCAGAUUCGUGCAGAACUUUGUUGAUAAUGCUGACUUGGAUGCAAAUGGUCAUGGGACUCAUAUUGCGGGCACCUUCGGGUCUAAAACGUACGGUGUCGCAAAGAAGACGCAGCUCUUCGCUGUCAAGGUUCUAAAUGAGUAUACAGCGGGUCAAUCAUCGGGAAUUCUCGCUGGCAUGGAUUUUAUCGCUGAAGAUGCUGCUACUCGAAAGUGUCUCAAGGGUAUUGUGUUCAACAUGUCUUUUAGUGUUGCUCCUUCACCUGCUAUAAACGCAGCUGCUAGAUAUAUUGUCAAAUCGGGUUGUUUUCUCGCUGUAGCGGCUGGCAACGAUGACACAGACGCAUCUCAAGUUUCGCCAAGCAAUGAGCCCAUGGCCUACAUUUUCGCCCCUGGCAUUGAUAUCAAGAGCACCUGGAUCAAAGGAGGUGUCAAACUCGAGUCAGGCACAUCAAUGGCAACACUACACGUCACUGGCCUCGCGGCUUAUCUUUUAGGCCCCAAGAAUAUCAAGGCGUCAGAAUUAUGCAACCUUAUUGCAACCAUGUCUCUGGAGGACGUCAUCAAGGGUAUUCCUGAAAACACGGUCAACCUGUUAAUCCAGAACAGCGAAGCGAAGUAA